AUGACGCCGCACAUAUCAUAUUUUGGAGAUGAUGCCCAGUUGCCACUAUCCAAACUAGCCCCUGUUGAACCCUGUCUGGAACAAGCCAUUCUACCCUAUCGAUCUGAUAGUGUCUCACUGCUCUUCCAGCCUAAUCUCCAAAUCCUCGUUACUCUGUCUACUCAACCCAGGUGGCGCAUAGAUAACUCCAUGAACCCUCACCCCUCUUCCAGUCCUGUCGAGCCUCCUAUUCAGGCGUAA